CCCAAUUAAACAAAACAAGAUUUGCCAACAAAAGGAGAGACGGUAGCACAGUAUUCUUACAAUUCCAAAAACAGAGACUGUAGCACUAAUUAACAAAUCUCAGCUAAAUCCCAAUUUCAUUAUCCAUUAAUCACUCUCUCUAUUGAUUUAUUUAUCCUCAUCAAAAAACCCAAACCCCCACCAUAGAAAGGUGUGCCUUAGUUGCCGUAAUCGGGGUGUGUGUAUAUAUAAAAAUUUAUUGGUUGAAAAAUGAUUAUAUAUCAAGGUUUAGUAGGUGUUACAAUGGCGAGAAAUCCUUCUUUAAUCAGAGCUGAACCGCCUAUGGCUUCAGAUCUCACUUCCUCCGACUGUACUAUACUCCGCCAAGGCGCUUCCCUUCGCCGCCGUGAACUCGUCUUCGUCGUUAAUCCCCGAGGAGCUAAUGGAACAACGGUUCAGCAAUGGAAGAAGCUACUUCCUUACCUCAGGUCUCGCCUGGGUAAUGAAUGUAAUAUAUGUGAAUCUUUAACUUCAGGUCCUUCUCAUGCCAUUGACAUAACAAGAGAGGCUAUCCGUGAAGGAGCUGAUGCUGUAAUUGCAGUCGGUGGUGAUGGAACUCUUCACGAGGUUGUUAAUGGCUUCUUCUACGGUGGAAAACCUGUUUGUAAUCAUGAUAUGAACUCCAGCCAGUCUACUGCUCUUGGCAUAAUCCCCUUAGGUACUGGAUCUGACUUUGCCAGGACACUUGGCUGGAAAAAUGAUCCUCAUGACGCCAUAGAACGCAUUGCUAAAGGGGUGAAAUCCAAAAUUGAUGUUGGAUGCAUAGCUGGAGAAGUUGGAGAGUCCCAUUAUUUCAUCAAUGUUGCUGAUAUUCAUCUAAGUGCAAAAGCAGGUUAUUAUGCAUCAAGGUACAAGAAAUUUGGGAACUUAUGUUAUGUUAUUGGUGCUUUGCAAGCUUUCUUUCGGCACCAUAACCAAGAUAUAAGGAUCAAGGUUGGUGAGGGUGAGUGGGAAGUAUGUUCCCAAGUAACUGCUCUUUGCAUUGGGAAUGCAAAAUAUUUUGGUGGCGGAAUGAAGAUUACACCAAAUGCCAACCCCUCAAGCAGGGAUUUUGAGGUGGUCAUUCUGCAGGACUUCAAGUGGUAUGAUUUCAUUCUCAAACUACAUAAGCUUUACAACGGGACACACUUAUCAGUGAAAAAUGUAUCUUCGAGAAGGGCGCGCUCAAUUGAAAUUGAAGAGAUUGGCAGCAGUGGGUCGAUAUUUGUUCAGUCUGAUGGAGAAUUUUUAGGAUUUCUUCCUAGGAAGUUUUCUAUACUACCUGGUGUUAUUGAUUUGAUUUGUUAAUCCUAGUCUUUUUCUUUUUACUUAAUGAAAGACAUGAUUUUGGAAAUACUUCUACUAGUUGGUUUGUAGAUUUCAUUUUGUAGGCCCAAUAUUUGUAUUUGUCAUGUUAGUAUUUCAUCGUCUGCAUUUCACAAGUUCAAAUUAGAACAAUUUGUGGUACGGUUAAUUUGUACAGAAGUUCAAAGUAGAAUUUUUAAUUUUAGGCAUAAAAUUGUGGGUCUUCAAUGGAAAUCAAAAUCAUACGUUUCUGGCUAA